ACAAAGACAUUCGCAGUGACAACGCGCAAACGCACAAAAAUUAAAAAACGCAGUUGUAUGCCUUGUUAAAGAAAACGCGAUUUUAAGAGGAACGAACGCAUGAACUAAAUCAGUGUAUAAUAAUUAAGUACAUAAUAAUACAAUACCGCUAAACAACAACUCGUUUUCUUGUCGUAUUAAUUUACAAAAACAACACGUAUGUAUUUAAGAAUAUUUCAAAGUAAAUCGGAAAUCAAACAUACGAAGCAUUUUGAACAAAAUUUUGGCACAAGAUCUCAAGGAACAUCAGAACGUUGCGGUUGCGCAAACUGAAAGCAACUAUAUCGCGGAAUAAAAUUGUGUACAAAAAAUACCAAAAAAAGUGAAUUGAAAUUACGACACUAGUGUUGAAAAUAAGAUAAAUUUAUAUCUUAAGAAAAUAAUACAUCAACAAUGUUGGAUCUACCUCUUAUAUUGUGUGUGUUGGGCUGCCUCUUAAGAGCACCUCUUGUAUUUGGCCAUGGCCGAUUAAUGGAUCCACCUGCCCGUAAUGCAAUGUGGCGUUUUGGGUAUCCAAAUCCUGUCAAUUACAAUGAUAACGAAUUAUUCUGCGGAGGUUAUGCAGUGCAAUGGGAACAAAAUCAAGGUAAAUGUGGUGUUUGUGGUGAUGCUUUUCACCUAAGAACUCCACGUCCACAUGAAGCUGGAGGAGAAUAUGCAAAAGGGAUUAUAUCAAGAUAUUAUACAUCUGGUCAGGAAAUCGAUGUUGAAGUUGAGUUGACUGCAAAUCAUUAUGGUCGUUUUGAGAUGUACUUGUGCCCAAAUAAUAAUCCUCGUAAAGAAGCCAAUCAAGAGUGCUUUGAUCGUUAUCCCUUGUACAUAUCUGGAAGUAGAGAUCAUCGUUUUCUUAUACCUCGUGAUACUAAAAAGAAGGAUAUUUUCCGCUAUCGCGUACGUCUGCCACCCUACGUCACUUGCACACAAUGUGUUUUGCAGUGGACUUACUAUACCGCCAAUAUGUGGGGCACAUGUUCUAAUGGUACUGAAGCCGUCGGUUGUGGUAAAGCAGAAACGUUCCGUAACUGUGCGGAUAUAGCGAUCGUUUCAAAUACAGGAGGAGGCUUACCUCCUCUAUUUGUCAACAAUAGAAAUCCCUAUUUAUUGUACUAUAGAGAUUAUAGAGCUCCCGAAGAUAAAAAUGUUUUUCCAUUGAUUGUGAGAGAUCAAAAAUGUAUUGCCUCAAAUGCUUUCCGGAGUUUACCUGGUAUGGAUCAAUGGUGUGAAACGAAUUGUCUGCGUUAUCCACCAAAUUGUCCACAAACAGCAUGUCAUUGUCCAAACGAGUGUGUUGCCAUUGGUGAUCUGGAGGGAAAAGAAGGUGCUGACACAUAUUGUAUGGAUGCCUGCCUUAACUAUGGCUCUAAUUGUCCAAUUGACAAAUGUCGCUGUUUUUAAGUCAAUAAGAAAUACUGUAACUCUUAUUAAAUUUGAUUUUAACAAUAAUUACAGUAUCUAUAAAUACAUUAAGCUGUGCUUGGAACUCUGUGCCCGCUAAAAUUAAAUAAAUGAAUUAAAGAAAGUAAA